AUGGGUAACCGAUCUUCGACGCACUAUCCGCCGCCUCCCCAGUGGAUGCACCCUCCGCCUGGUGGUCAACGAGGCUGUUAUCCUUCGCCAUAUCCGGAGCAGAAGCGUCCAAUCGGCCCUGGAGCUUUCGCCGAGCCCUACAUUCCACACCAAAAUGUUCGUCGGUCGAUGAUCUCGCUGAACGCUGAUUCCGGCUAUCUGACGUCUCCGAGUGGCGAUUCUGACCGCAUGCGGAUGCGCGGCUCAAGAAUGUCGUUGAACCAUGUUGAGUUCGAUCACCUGCCGCCUAUGCAGCCACACAUUCUGAUUCCGCACGACGCAAAGACGCUCAAGAAACUCGAGAAGAUGGAGAAGAAGCAGCAGAAGUUGUGGAAGAAGCUUGGACGGAUGCCAGUUCCUCCGCCUAUGCACCUUCCGCCGCCGCCGCCCAUGUACACUCGCGCCAUGUCUUUCGACGAUCUCAACAGGUGCGUUUACUGGUUUCUUCACAUCCAAAUCCAGUAG